GACAGGAUUUGCUGGGCUUGAGCGUAACGAUGCAGCCGUAUGGACACUUGGACACCAAACAUGCAGUCACUGCCACUACUCAUGCUUUCGAACCUCUGACUGCCGCAUGUUUUGCGUUUCAUUCCAAAUAAAUUAUAAGUUAUAACCUCAAAACGUUUUCGACUACGUGUUUUACCUGCCACACAUGGUUCGUGAGACGGGCGUGUUCUAACUCGUUUCAAAGUCGCUCCCCUUUUCAAGAACUUCAGAAUUAAAUGUUCGGAGACGCAUGCAUUCAAAGGGCGUCUCUGCUUUUGAGAGUUGAAAAUUCCCACCUUGAUAUUCCCUUCCCAGUUCGACAGUAUACUAUAUCGAAGUUCCUGAAGUGGGGCAGGGCAGCCUUGACCUCGAAAGCUUUUAAGCAGAAUUUCCUAUGAGCUUCCUUUGAAAGCGAGACACGUAAUCUUUUUUCUUCCCCUCGAGAUAGAUUCUAUGCUUUUCUAAGCAGGGUGAAUAAAUGCGCCUCCUUUUUUGUCCCAACUUUCUCUGCUACUGUUAAUAAACUAUUCUUUGACAUAUUCGAUCAUGCUUUGGUUUUUUUCCCCUGGCGGGUGUUUCACGACACAAAUACGGGGAAUAUAAUCAGGCCUAUAAUCUCUUAUUCAAGUGUUUAGCAUUCAUCAUGUGGCCAUUGCGUUGGCAGGAAUUGAGUUUGUGUUCCUUUCAUUUGCCAACGGGGAUCCAAUAACCCUGCGUGUUAUCACCUACUCCUAAUAAAAGCAAAACAGUGAACAUCGCCUUUUGGAUAUGGAUGAGAGGGGUAACUUAUUUUCGCCUGGAGAUGGGAGGAGAAUGCUAAUUUUCAAUUUCUUCAAGGAUGCCAGACUAGUUUUCAAAUCUGACAAUCUUGGUCGAGAAAUAUCGUCCAUCGCAUUGCCUGCAGCCCUGGCUUUGACAGCAGACCCUAUUGCUUCACUGGUUGAUACUGCAUUUAUUGGCCAAAUAGGUCCUGUGGAGCUCGCUGCUGUAGGUGUUUCCAUAGCAUUAUUCAACCAAGUAUCAAGGAUUGCGAUAUUCCCACUUGUCAGUGUCACGACUUCUUUUGUGGCUGAGGAAGAUACUCUCGGUGGGGUGAGUUCUCAUGUGGAAAAUGAUAACUUGGAAGAAGGUGCACCUAUGGAUGCUGAAACCAAAGAGUUUAUACCACAAAAAGAUACAUGUGCAGAUGUUCAUGACUCAGAUUUGGUUGGUGGCAGCUUUAAUAUAGUUAAAGCAGAGCAUAAGAGAAGGAAUAUCCCUUCAGCUUCAUCAGCUCUUGUUAUUGGUGGCGUUCUUGGCAUUAUCCAAGCAAUAUUCCUCAUUUCUGCUGCAAAACCUUUGAUGAAUUUCAUGGGAGUAAAAUCCGACUCCCCUAUGCUAAACCCAGCUCAGCAGUACCUGACAUUGAGGUCCCUUGGUGCUCCUGCUGUGCUUCUUUCAUUAGCUAUGCAGGGAGUCUUUCGAGGAUUUAAAGACACUAGAACUCCUUUAUUUGCUACAGUGGCUGGAGAUCUUACCAACAUAGCACUAGAUCCUAUAUUCAUGUUUGUAUUCCGCCUGGGUGUCAGUGGUGCAGCAAUUGCCCAUGUUAUAUCUCAGUACCUAAUUUCAGUCAUACUCCUGUGGAGAUUGAUUGGACAAGUUGAUCUUAUCCCUCCUUCCAUGAAGCAUCUACAGUUUGAUCGAUUUCUUAAAAACGGUUUUCUAUUAUUAAUGAGAGUCAUUGCUGUUACAUUCUGUGUGACACUUUCUGCAUCACUAGCUGCACGGCAAGGGUCAACAUCCAUGGCUGCAUUUCAAGUCUGCUUGCAGGUUUGGUUGUCAACAUCUCUUCUUGCUGAUGGUCUGGCCGUUGCUGGGCAGGCAAUCCUUGCUGGUGCAUUUGCUAAUAAGGAUCACGACAGGGCUAUAGCAACUGCAACCCGAGUGCUACAGAUGGGCUUGGUUCUGGGAUUGGGGCUUGCAAUUUUCCUCGGAACAGGGCUGCAUUUUGGAGCUAAACUAUUUACGAAAGAUAUUAAUGUCCUCCACCUUAUCAGCAUUGGAACUCCGUUUGUUGUGGCCACUCAACCCAUCAAUUCUUUGGCGUUUGUAUCUGAUGGAGUUAACUUUGGGGCUUCUGACUUUGCCUAUUCAGCCUUCUCAAUGGUUGUGGUGGCAAUUGUCAGCAUCGGUUUUCUACUCAUGUUGUCCUCUGCUGGUGGCUUCAUUGGUAUCUGGGUUGCUUUGACCCUUUAUAUGAGUCUCAGGGCAUUUGCUGGCUUCUUGAGGAUUGGAACGGGAUCAGGGCCUUGGGGCUUCCUUAGGAGCUGAAGGUUCCAUCAUCACAGCUUGAUACAUGACCCCCUUGGGCACGAAAGUUUUCUGGGGUUGUGUAAUGUAUCAGGUGUAUUCUUUUGAAGGAAUCGUGCCAUGUACACUGGAAUAAUCUGCUCAUCCUGGAGAAUAUGUACAGAAAUGACCCCAACUAUGCCUUAGAGAGAUUUAUGAAAUAUAUGAUCAAGCUCAUGAGGUUCAAGGUCGUUGAUGUCACCGAGUCCGCACCUUAUUUUUCCUUGGUACGAGGGAUGUUGUUAUGUUGAGUGUGAGACAGCGGGUCAAAGUAUGUAUCAUGGGUCUGGGUUGUUCAAUUCAAGGCGCAGUAACUACAUUGGACCCAAUUCUAUACAAGUCCAUAUUAACAUUA